AACAACACAAACAAACAUAACCCAAUACAACCCCACCUCCCCCUUCUUCCUCUUCCUUCUUUCUUCCUUCUUCUUCCUUUUCCUCUCUCUCUCUCUACAGUCUUAGUCUUCGGAAUCGGAUGUGUAUGCAUCCAUCGCUUAUCUAUCUCUCCUUUAUCAGUAGUAGUAGUAGUAGUUGAAAGUAAAAGAAAGAAGUCGAUGGCUACUAUAAGAUCGAGCUUGCCUUCUAGGCUUCGUCAACUUUUGUCUGGUGAAAGCGUUAUCGGCCCUUCUAUUAAACUUGACUCUGAGCCUCCUCCUAAAAUUAAAGCAUUUAUUGACAAAGUGAUCCAAAGUCCUUUGCAAGAUAUAGCGAUACCCCUUUCUGGCUUUCGGUGGGAGUACAGUAAGGGGAACUUUCAUCAUUGGAGACCUUUGUUUCUACACUUUGAUACUUAUUUCAAGACAUACUUGUCUAGUAGAAAUGACCUCCUCUUGUCAGAUAAUAUUUCAGAAAAUGACUGUCCAUUUCCAAAGCAUGCAGUUCUACAAAUAUUACGAGUGAUGCAAAUAAUUUUAGAGAAUUGCCACAAUAAAAGUUCAUUUGAUGGCCUAGAGCAUUUCAAGCACCUUCUAGCAUCAACAGAUCCUGAAGUUCUUAUAGCUACAUUGGAAACGCUUGCAGCACUAGUGAAAAUCAACCCUUCUAAACUGCAUGGGAAUGGGAAGUUGGUUGGGUGUGGUUCGGUAAACAGCUUUCUUUUGUCCCUUGCACAAGGCUGGGGAAGCAAGGAGGAGGGCUUGGGCUUGUAUUCUUGUGUUAUGGCUAAUGAGAGAAGUCAGGAGGAAGGAUUGUCUUUGUUCCCAUCUGAGGUAGAAAACGAGCAUGAUAAGUCACAAAACCGGAUUGGUUCCACCCUAUAUUUUGAAUUGCAUGGUCUCAAUGCCGAAAGUGCUGGGGAUAGUGGCAUUGCAAAUUGUUCUAACUUGAGAGUUAUACACAUGCCAGAUCUGCAUUUACGGAAGGAAGAUGAUCUUUUAUUAAUGAAACAGUGCAUUGAGCAGUACAAUGUGCCCCCUGAUCUGCGGUUCUCAUUGCUGACCAGAAUUAGAUAUGCCCGGGCUUUUCGUUCUCCCAGAAUAUGCAGGCUGUACAGCAGGAUUUCUCUCCUUGCAUUCAUUGUGCUUGUUCAGUCUAGUGAUGCUAAUGAUGAACUUACAUCCUUUUUUGCUAAUGAGCCUGAGUAUACAAAUGAGCUGAUUAGAAUUGUUCGGUCAGAGGAGACUGUUCCUGGAAUUAUUAGAACUCUUGCAAUGCUUGCCUUAGGAGCUCAGUUAGCUGCUUAUUCUGCAUCUCAUGAGCGGGCAAGGAUUCUGAGUGGAUCUAGUAUCAGUUUUGCUGUGGGGAACCGAAUGAUUCUCCUUAAUGUGCUUCAGAGGGCUGUUUUAUCUUUGAAAAAUUCUAGUGAUCCAUCUUCUCUUGCCUUUGUUGAAGCUCUUCUUCAAUUCUAUUUGCUCCAUAUUGUUUCAUCAUCAGCUUCAGGUAGUAACGUUAGGGGCUCAGGAAUGGUGCCUACAUUUUUACCUCUUUUGGAAGAUUCAGAUCCCAAUCACAUGCACCUCGUUUAUUUGGCUGUCAAAGCCCUUCAAAAGCUCAUGGAUUACAGUAGUUCAGCUGUGUCGUUGCUUAGGGAAUUAGGGGGAGUAGAACUUUUGGCUCAAAGAUUACAGAUAGAAGUACAUAGAAUUAUUGGCUCAUCUGGGGAGAAUGAUAAUUCAAUGGUCAUUGGUGAAUGCUCAAGAUACAAUGAUGAUCAUAUCUACUCUCAGAAGAGGCUAAUUAAGGUUCUUUUGAAGGCACUUGGAUCUGCUACUUAUGCUCCUUCAAACAAUACCAGAUCCUUAAAUUCCCAUGACAGUUCUUUACCAUCUACUUUGUCACUGAUAUAUGGGAAUGCAGAUAAAUUUGGGGGUGACAUUUUCUAUUCAGCUGUGACUGUCAUGAGUGAAAUUAUCCACAAGGACCCAACUUGUUUUCCUACUUUGCAUGAAAUGGGUCUUCCGGAAGCUUUUUUAUCCUCAGUGGUAGCUGGACUACUUCCUUCUCCUAAGGCUCUUACUUGUGUUCCAAAUGGUCUUGGUGCAAUAUGUCUUAACGCUAAAGGCUUAGAAGCAGUAAAAGAAACUUCAGCUUUACGGUUUCUUGUUGAAAUUUUCACCAGCAAGAAAUAUGUUUUAGCAAUGAAUGAUGCCAUUGUUCCUUUGGCAAAUGCUGUUGAAGAGCUUUUGCGUCAUGUGUCUUCACUGAGAGGCACUGGUGUUGAUAUAAUUAUUGAGAUUGUUGGUAGAAUUGCUUCCUUUGGGGAUAGUUGUUCUGCAGGUUCAUCAGCAAAAGAAAGUGGGAAUACUGAAAUGGAAAUGGACUCUGAAGACAAGCAAAAUGAUGGGAACUGCUGUCUAGGUGGUGGAACUGAAUUUGGAACAGAAGGCAUCAGUAAUGAGCAGUUCAUUCAACUUUGCAUCUUCCAUUUGAUGGUUUUGCUGCACAGAACAAUGGAAAAUUCAGAGACCUGUCGUCUAUUUGUGGAGAAGUCGGGAAUUGAAGCUUUACUCAAGCUUUUGUUGAGGCCGAGUUUUGUUCAAUCAUCUGAAGGGAUGUCUAUUGCUUUACAUAGCACCAUGGUGUUUAAGGGUUUCACUCAACACCACUCUGCACCUCUGGCGCGUGCAUUCUGUUGUUCUCUCAGGGAACAUCUGAAGAAAGCUUUAGCUGGAUUUGAUGCAGUUUCAGGUUCGUUUUUGCUGGAUUCCAGGGCUACACCAGAUGGUGGAAUCUUUUCCUCACUUUUCCUUGUUGAGUUCCUUCUGUUUCUUGCUGCCUCAAAAGAUAAUCGCUGGGUAAGUGCACUGCUUACAGACUUUGGAAAUGGGAGCAAAGAUGUUCUUGAGGAUAUUGGUCGUGUGCAUCGUGAGGUUCUUUGGCAGAUUGCUUUGCUUGAAGAUGCAAAGCUUGAGAUGGAAGAUGAUGGUACUGUUUCUUCUGCAGAUUCACAACAGUCUGAAGUGAAUACAAAUGAAACUGAAGAUCAACGAUUUAAUUCCUUCAGGCAGUUCCUUGAUCCGUUGUUGAGGAGGAGGACAUCAGGCUGGAGUAUUGAAUCCCAGGUUUUUGACCUGAUAAAUCUGUACCGUGAUCUUGGGCGUGCUACCGGAUUUCCACAAAGGUUGAGCAGUGAUGGUUCCUUAAACCGCUUUGGCUCCAUUUAUCAACCGCAUCACUCUGAAUCUUCAGAUGCUGCUGGGGCUAUCAGUAAAAAGGAAUAUGACAGGCAAAGAUCCUAUUAUACUUCUUGCUGUGACAUGGUGAGGUCACUUUCUUUUCACAUAAUGCAUUUGUUUCAAGAGUUAGGGAAGGCAAUGCUACUUCCUUCUCGUCGACGGGAUGAUACUGUGAAUGUUUCUCCUUCUUCAAAAGUUGUAGCUGGUACUUUUGCUUCCAUUGCACUAGAUCACAUGAAUUUUGGUGGUCAUGCUAAUUCUUCUGGAUCAGAGGUAUCUAUAUCAUCCAAGUGUCGCUACUUUGGCAAGGUUAUUGAUUUCAUUGAUGGCAUUCUACUGGACAGGCCAGAUUCUUGUAAUCCCGUAUUGCUAAAUUGCUUAUAUGGACGUGGAGUUGUUCAGUCGGUUUUGACCACAUUUGAGGCCACCAGUCAAUUGCUUUUUGCAGUUAAUAGGGCUCCUGCAUCCCCUAUGGAGACUGAUGAUGCAAAUGCAAAACAGGAGGAUAAGGAAGAUGCAGAUCAUUCAUGGAUUUAUGGUCCCUUAGCUAGCUAUGGUAAACUUAUGGACCAUCUGGUGACAUCAUCACUUAUUUUGUCUCCUUUUACAAAGCACUUGCUUGCACAACCUUUGGGAAAUGGAGGUUCACCAUUUCCACGGGACGCCGAGACAUUUGUUAAGGUGCUUCAGUCUAUGGUGCUGAAGGCAGUACUUCCUGUUUGGACUCACCCUCAGUUGACCGAUUGCAGUAAUGAUUUCAUCAGUACAGUUAUUUCUAUCAUUAGGCAUGUUUAUUCAGGUGUAGAAGUGAAAAAUACUAACAGUAACAACAGUGCUCGAAUUACUGGACCCCCUCCAAACGAAGCAGCUAUUUCAACCAUUGUGGAGAUGGGUUUUUCCAGGUCUAGGGCAGAAGAGGCUUUAAGGCAAGUUGGAUCAAAUAGUGUGGAGUUGGCAAUGGAGUGGUUGUUCUCUCACCCUGAGGAAACUCAAGAAGAUGAUGAACUUGCUCGUGCUCUUGCCAUGUCUCUUGGUAACUCAGAAUCGGAUGCAAAGGAAGAUAAUUCAAAUGCCAAUAGUCAACAGCUUGAAGAAGAGAUGGUCCAACUUCCUCCUGUUGAUGAGCUGUUAUCAACAUGCAUAAAGCUUCUUCAAGUGAAAGAGCCUCUUGCUUUCCCAGUUAGGGACCUUCUUGUGUUGAUUUGCUCACAAGGUGAUGGCCAAUAUAGGUCUAAUGUCAUAUCUUUUAUUCUAGACAAAAUCAAGGAUAGAAACCUGGUUUCCGAUGGCAGGAAUAGUACCAUAUUAUCUGCACUUUUUCAUGUUCUUGCCUUGAUUCUUCAUGAAGAUGCAGUAGCACGAGAAAUUGCUUUAAAGAGUAACCUUGUUAAAAAUGUGUCUGAUUUACUUUCACAAUGGGAUUCUGGUUUGGUGGAAAAAGAGAAACAUCAGGUACCCAAGUGGGUGACAACAGCUUUUCUUGCUGUGGAUCGCCUACUUCAGGUGGAUCAGAAAUUGAAUUCUGAAAUUGUUGAGCAGUUGAAACGAGAUGAUUUGAACACUCAGCAAACCUCAAUCAGUAUUAAUGAGGAUAAGCAAAACAAGCUGCAAUCUGCAUUGGGAUCCCCUAUGGAGCAGAUAGAUGCUGAGGAGCAGAAGAGACUUAUUCAGAUUGCUUGCCAUUGUAUCAAGAACCAGCUUCCAUCUGAGACAAUGCAUGCUGUUUUGCAGCUAUGUUCCACACUCACCAGAACUCAUUCUAUUGCUGUUUGUUUUCUUGAAGCUGAGGGUGUAAGUUCAUUGCUAAACCUGCCCACAAGUAGCCUCUUUCCUGGUUUUGACAAUAUUGCUGCUACUAUCAUCCGUCAUGUGCUUGAAGAUCCCCAAACUCUUCAGCAAGCAAUGGAAUCUGAGAUAAAACAUAGCCUUGUGGCUGCUGCCAACAGACAUUCGAAUGGAAGGGUCACUCCACGCAAUUUCCUUUUAAAUUUAAACUCUGUUAUCUCACGGGAUCCUGUGAUUUUUAUGCAGGCUGCACAGUCAGUCUGCCAAGUUGAGAUGGUAGGUGAACGGCCUUAUGUUGUGUUACUGAAGGAUCGUGAGAAAGAUAGAAGCAAAGAGAAGGAGAAGGAGAAGGAGAAAGCACUAGAAAAGGAUAAAUCACACACAGCUGAUGGGAGGACUACCUUGGGCAAUAUGAAUACACUCGCUCCUGGGAAUAUUCAUGGAAAAUUUCAUGACUCAAUUUCCAAGAGUGCUAAAGUACACAGAAAAUCUCCUCAGAGCUUUGUAACUGUGAUUGAGCUUCUUUUGGAUGUAGUCUGUAGUUUCGUCCCUCCCUCGAAAGAUGAAGCAGUGAUAGAUGUGCCGCAUGAUGUGCCAUCAUCAACUGAUAUGGAUGUUGAUGUUGCUGCAAUGAAGGGGAAAGGAAAAGCCAUAGCCACUGUGUCUGAAGAGAAUGUAAGCAAUAGCCAGGAAGCUUCUGCAAUGCUUGCAAAGGUUGUAUUUAUCCUGAAGCUUUUAACAGAAAUAGUGUUGAUGUAUUCUUCAUCUAUUCAUGUGCUGCUAAGAAGAGAUGCUGAAAUUAGUAGCUGCAGAGGUCCUCAUCAGAAAGGUUCUGCUGGUUUAUGCACUGGAGGAAUAUUCCAACAUAUUCUUCACAAGUUUAUUCCAUAUUCUCGAAAUUUAAAAAAGGAAAGGAAAGUAGAUGGUGACUGGAGGCAUAAACUGGCAACCCGGGCAAGCCAGCUUUUGGUAGCAUCUUGUGUCCGCUCAACGGAAGCAAGGAGGAGAGUGUUUACAGAGAUCAGCUCCAUUUUUAGCGACUUUGUUGAUUCAUGCAAUGGUUCUUCUAGGUCACCAACCAAUGAUAUACAGACAUAUGUUGAUCUUCUGAAUGAUGUUCUUGCUGCCCGCACUCCUACUGGUUCAUACAUCUCAUCAGAAGCUUCUGCCACUUUUAUAGAUGUUGGUCUGGUUAGGUCACUGACCCGAACUCUUGAAGUGUUGGAUCUGGAUCACUCUGACUCGCCUAAACUUGUGACUGGCCUUAUUAAAGCUCUGGAAUUGGUGACCAAAGAACAUGUUAACACUGCAGAUUCUAAUUCUGGGAAGAGUGAGAAUUCAGCUAAACCUCCUCAGAGUCAAUCAGGGAGAGCAGAGAAUGUUGCUGACAUAUCCCAGUCUGUAGAAAUUGUGCCCCAAUCCAAUCAUGAUUCUGUAUCAGCAGACCAUAUUGAAUCAUUUAAUGUUGUUCAAAACUUUGGUCGGUCUGAAGCUGCUACAGAUGAUAUGGAACACGACCAAGAUCUUGAUGGUGGUUUUGCCCCUGCUCCGGAUGAUGACUAUAUGCAGGAAACUCCUGAGGAUAUGAGGGGUCCUGAAAAUGGCAUGGAUACUGUUGGAAUCCGAUUUGAAAUCCAGCCUCAUGGACAGGAAAAUAUUGAUGAAGAUGAGGAUGAGGACAUGUCUGGGGAUGAGGGAGAUGAAGUAGAUGAGGAUGAGGAUGAGGAUGACGAUGAUGAAGAUGACGAAGAGCAUAAUGAUCUGGAAGAGGAUGAAGUACAUCACUUGCCACAUCCUGACACCGACCAAGAUGAUCAUGAUAUUGAUGAUGAUGAGUUUGAUGAGGAAUUGUUGGAGGAAGAUGAUGAAGAUGAGGAGGAAGAUGAUGAUGGAGUUAUUCUUCGGCUGGAGGAGGGAAUCAAUGGGAUUAAUGUUUUUGAUCAUAUUGAGGUUUUUGGUAGAGACCAUAGCUUCCCUAAUGAAACUCUUCAUGUGAUGCCAGUUGAAGUUUUUGGUUCUAGACGUCAGGGACGAACUACAUCCAUUUACAGUCUUCUCGGUAGAAGUGGUGACAGUGCUGCCCCUUCACGCCAUCCCCUCUUAGUUGGACCUUCAUCCUCACACUCAGCUGCUUCCAGACAAUUGGAUAAUGCUCGUGAUGUGGGCUUUUCAGAUAGGAACUUGGAGAAUACCUCAUCUCAGUUGGAUACUAUUUUUCGGUCACUAAGGAAUGGGCGCCAUGGACAUCGUUUGAACUUGUGGAGUCAGGAUAAUCAGCAAAGUGGUGGAUCUAGUUCAUCUCUACCCCAAGGCCUAGAGGAGUUGCUUGUUUCUCAGUUGAGGCGACCAGCUCCUGAGAAAUCUUCUGAUCAGAAUACAUCAUCGGUGGAACCUACAAGUAAUGGAGAGGCUGCCCAGUUACAUGAACCGGAUGCAGCACAGCCUGAUGUCCCUGUUGAGAACAAUGUAAAUAAUGGGAGCAGCAAUGCACUUCCUCCCUCUUCUGUGGCAGUGGCUGGAUCUGGCAAUUCUGAAAUGAGACCAGUGACAAGUGAUUCUCACUCACAGUCUAUUGAAAUGCAAUUUGAACAGAAUGAUGCCACUGUCCGUGAUGUUGAAGCAGUGAGCCAAGAAAGUAGCGGAAGUGGGGCAACUUUAGGAGAAAGCCUUCGAAGCCUAGAUGUUGAAAUUGGAAGUGCCGAUGGCCAUGAUGAUGGUGGAGAAAGGCAAGGUUCAGCAGAUAGAAUGCAUUUGGAUCCACAGGCAACUCGGACAAGAAGAACAAAUGUUUCUUUUGGGAAUUCUACAGCUGUAAGCGGGAGGGAUGCAUCUCUUCAUAGUGUUACUGAAGUUCCAGAAAAUUCAAGCAGAGAAGCAGAUCAAGAUGGUCCAACGGUGGAGCAGGAAAUUGGUGGCGAGGCUGGUUCUGGAUCAAUUGAUCCAGCAUUCCUCGACGCCCUUCCUGAGGAGUUGCGAGCUGAAGUUCUUUCUGCUCAACAAGGUCAAGUGGCACAGCCUACAAAUGCUGAACAACAAAACUCAGGAGAUAUAGAUCCAGAGUUCCUUGCAGCCCUUCCACCCGACAUCCGAGCAGAAGUUUUAGCACAACAGCAAGCACAAAGGCUUCAUCAAUCUCAUGAACUGGAAGGUCAACCUGUUGAAAUGGACACAGUCUCUAUUAUUGCAACAUUUCCUUCAGAUUUGCGUGAAGAGGUUCUCCUAACAUCAUCUGAUGCUAUUCUUGCCAAUCUCACUCCUGCUCUGGUUGCGGAGGCAAACAUGUUACGUGAAAGAUUUGCACACCGUUAUCAUAAUCGUACACUCUUUGGCAUGUAUCCUCGAAGUCGACGGGGCGAGUCUUCACGCCGGGGUGAAGGUAUUGGAUACAGCUUGGAGAGAGCUGGGACUGGCUCACGCAGGUCUAUCACUACUAAGCUUGUAGAAGCUGAUGGAGCUCCUCUUGUUGAGACAGAAUCUCUCAAAGCAAUGAUCCGGGUGCUCCGCAUUGUUCAGCCGCUAUAUAAAGGUCCUCUGCAGAAGCUUCUGUUGAAUUUGUGUGCUCAUGGUGAGACCAGAACUUCUCUGGUAAAAAUCCUGAUGGACAUGCUGAUGCUUGAUACAAGAAAGCCUGCCAAUUAUUUAAAUGCUGCUGAACCAUCAUAUCGCCUUUAUGCUUGCCAGAGCAAUGUGAUGUAUUCUCGUCCACAAACUUUCGAUGGGGUUCCACCAUUAGUAUCUCGACGUAUCCUUGAGACACUGACUUACUUGGCUCGAAACCAUCCCUAUGUGGCGAGAAUUUUGCUUCAGUCUAGGCUUCCUCUCCCUGCACUACAGCAGGCAGAGAAUUCUGAUAAAUUACGUGGUAAGGCUGUGAUGGUAGUUGAAGAGUUUCAAGACAAUCCCAAGCAUCAUGAGGAAGGAUAUAUUUCUAUUGCGUUGCUUUUGAGCCUCUUAAAUCAACCUCUUUAUUCAAGAAGCAUAGCACAUCUUGAGCAGCUGCUUAACUUAUUGGAGGUGAUAAUUGACAGUGCUGAAUGCAAGCAAAGUUUAUUGGAUAAAUCUGGGGCUGCUACUGAACGACCAUCCCCUCACCAAAUGUCCACAUCAGAUGCUAGAGUAAAUACAGAAGUUGGUAGUGUUUCUGCAGGGGUUGCUAUUUCUUCAUCAACAGCCAUUGAUUCCUCCAAAUCCACAACUCCUGGUGCAAAUAAUGAAUGUGAUACCCAAAGUGUACUGCUGAACCUGCCACAAGCAGAACUUCGACUUCUGUGCUCAUUCCUUGCUCGGGAAGGCUUGUCAGAUAAUGCAUAUACUCUUGUGGCGGAGGUAAUGAAGAAGUUGGUAGCAAGUGCUCCAAUGCAUAGUCAUCUAUUUGUUACUGAGCUAGCAGAUGCUGUACAAAACUUGACCAAAUCUGCUAUGAACGAGCUACGCCUGUUUGGUGAAGAAGUAAAAGCACUUCUUAGGACAACAUCUUCUGAUGGAGCUGCAAUUUUGAGAGUUCUACAAGCAUUAAGCUCACUUGUCGCCUCACUAGUUGAGAAAGAGAAGGACCAGCAGAUUCUUACAGAGAAGGAGCAUAGUGCCUCUCUCUCUCAGCUGUCUGACAUCAAUGCAGCUCUAGAACCUUUGUGGUUGGAACUGAGCACUUGCAUAAGCAAAAUUGAGGGCUACUCGGAAUCUGCACCUGAUCUCCUAAUUCCUAGAACUUCCACAUCAAAACCAUCUGGUGUAACACCUCCACUCCCUGCAGGAUCUCAGAACAUCUUACCAUACAUCGAGUCCUUCUUUGUAAUGUGUGAAAAGUUACAUCCUACACGGCCAGGUUCCGGUCAUGAUUAUGGUGCAGUUUCUGAAGUGGAGGAUCUGAGCACGCCUGCUGCCCAGCAAAAACCUUCAGGCCCUGUUUUGAAAAUUGAUGAAAAAAAUGUUGCUUUUGUGAAGUUUUCUGAGAAACACAGGAAGCUUCUUAAUGCUUUCAUUCGCCAAAAUCCUGGGUUGCUUGAGAAGUCCUUCUCACUUAUGCUGAAGGUUCCCCGCUUUGUUGAUUUUGAUAAUAAACGAUCUCACUUCAGAUCAAAAAUAAAGCAUCAGCAUGAUCAUCAUCAAAGUCCUUUGAGAAUUUCCGUGAGAAGAGCAUAUAUCCUUGAAGAUUCAUACAACCAACUACGCAUGAGGUCAACCCAAGAUUUGAAAGGGAGGUUGACUGUUCACUUUCAAGGGGAGGAAGGCAUUGAUGCUGGUGGACUUACAAGGGAAUGGUAUCAGCUCUUGUCUAGGGUUAUUUUUGACAAGGGAGCAUUACUUUUUACUACAGUAGGCAAUGAAUCGACUUUUCAGCCCAACCCCAACUCUGUGUACCAAACAGAACAUUUGUCAUACUUCAAAUUUAUUGGGAGAGUUGUGGGGAAAGCUCUUUUUGAUGGACAGCUCUUGGAUGUUCAUUUCACUCGAUCUUUCUACAAGCAUAUCUUAGGAGCUAAAGUUACAUACCAUGAUAUUGAAGCUAUUGAUCCUGACUACUUUAAAAACCUUAAGUGGAUGCUUGAGAAUGAUAUAAGCGACGUUCUGGACCUUACAUUCAGUAUUGAUGCUGAUGAGGAGAAGCUUAUACUGUAUGAAAGAACAGAAGUAACUGACCAUGAACUCAUUCCUGGUGGACGUAACAUUAAAGUCACAGAGGAGAAUAAGCACCAAUAUGUUGACUUAGUUGCUGAGCAUCGGUUGACGACUGCUAUUCGUCCUCAAAUAAAUGCCUUCAUGGAAGGAUUCAAUGAACUAAUUUUGAGAGAUUUGAUAUCCAUCUUUAAUGACAAGGAAUUAGAAUUGUUAAUAAGUGGGCUUCCAGAUAUUGAUUUGGAUGACAUGAGGGCAAACACUGAGUAUUCCGGAUAUAGUGCUGCAUCCCCUGUCAUACAAUGGUUUUGGGAGGUUGUUCAAGGGUUCAGCAAGGAGGAUAAGGCUCGCCUUCUACAGUUUGUAACUGGCACCUCAAAGGUGCCUUUGGAAGGCUUCAGUGCGCUUCAAGGAAUCUCAGGUUCGCAAAAGUUCCAAAUACACAAGGCAUAUGGAAGCCCUGAUCACUUGCCUUCUGCUCAUACUUGUUUCAAUCAGUUGGAUUUACCAGAGUAUCCAUCAAAACAGCACCUAGAAGAGAGAUUGCUGCUUGCCAUUCAUGAAGCCAAUGAAGGGUUUGGUUUUGGUUAAAUGUGGAGUGGGGAAUGAAUAGCUGUGUAGAUAAAAAUAUCAUACGUCACAGGCUGUCGUGCUAUAAGAUGCUGAGUUGUUAAUAUAAUUGUACAGUACAGUACAAUAUUGGAUUAUGGGAAAUGCUUCUGGCAGUUUUUAAUUUGCCAA